AUGAGUAGACCCGUGAAAAGAGAAGUAUCCGCCGAGGAAAAUUGUUUGCAGAGUGCUGCCAAAGCGGACGAUGGAACGCUUGAAGCCCGAUAUGAAUGUCCCAUCUGCUACUGCUGGCUGAACGAGCCCAUCCUCACCAAGUGCGGCCAUCGGUUCUGUCGGAAAUGCAUUACGGAUUGGUUGAAUGAGAAAAACUCCAACUGCCCCUUGGACAACGAACCGCUCGACAUCAAGUGCGACAUAUUUCCGGACAACUGUACGCGGCGUGAAAUAUCGCAAAUCAAGAAACCGUGCCCGAAUUCAAUGCGAGGCUGUGUCGAUCAGUUUUCACCCACCGAAAUUGAUACGCAUCUGCGCCAGUGCCCAUUCGCGAUGUCUCGUCAAAGCCAACCGUGUCCUUUCGCACGGAUAAAGUGCAAGUUUGUUGCUGCGGAUGAAGAUGCACUUAACGCGCACAUUGCUUCCGACUGUCAGCAGCAUUUACAGCUACUCUUGGAAACGUACACGGGAAGCAGUGAUCGGUACAAGUUUUGGGAUCCACCGGCCAAGAACAGUGUGCCGGAAAUGAGUACCAACGAGCUGGUUCGCUCAAUGUACGAGCGUAUCGUAAUUCUCGAGCAGGAAGUGCACAUUCUCCGCAUCAAACUAUCCAAGCAGGAGAUCCAGCUAACCAAAAUCAAUCACGAGAUCGAUCCUCGGUACAGUGGUGGUGUGUUGCUGUGGAAGUUGGAAGAUUUUUCCAACAAAAUCGAUUCCAUGCUAGCGAACAGUAACUGCAUGUUUUACAGCGGCGAAGCGUACACUUCGCCGCAUGGAUACAAAUUUUGCGCCCGCAUCAAUGUGUCCCCGCGCACAAAAGACUCGAUCGGGCUGCACGUGCACCUGAUGCAGUCAGAGAACGAUUAUCAUCUCGAGUGGCCAUUCAAGGGUCGUAUAAAGAUAACGCUGUUGAACGUACGCUCACCCGAACUUUCGCAGCAUGAUACGAUCAUGUCGAAGCCGGAAAUACUUGCAUUCCACCGACCGAACCAGGACAUCAGUCCGCGUGGGUUUGGAUUUUUGGAGUUUGCUAAAAUUAAGGACAUUUUUGCAAAGUUUGCCGACAAUAAUACGGUGGUGAUUAAGAUACAGAUGAACAUUGUGUAA